AUGGAUCGCCUGAAAAAAUUUCUCAAUGAGAAGAAAGUUAACAAAAACUUCAAAAAAGCUGGAGCCGGCUAUCGGCUUACUGGGGAUGGUUCAGCGGCUGCUGUACCGCAGCCGGUCCCUGUUCAGCGGCAAGCAUCACAACUACCACCAGCGGAACGUAUAGCUACAGCUGAUAUUGCGGCACAGGCGGCUUAUAAAAGAAUGAACUUGGAUGUAACCCAGGAAUCGCUAACACAAAGGAAUAUACGCAUGCGGGCUCUUAAAGAACUGGAAAAGGAAAAGAAAGAACGUGAAAAAUGUACCAGCGACAAAGAUGUUCAAUUAGGGACUCAUGUAAUUGAUGAGCGUGAAUUUGAGCACUCUGGUGCUGUCAGUGGCGUUUACUUUACUUGUGACCUUCUUGGAGACGAUUAUCAGCUAACGAAAAAUGAAAUGCGAAAAAAAGUGGAAAAUUUUUUGCGAACACAGUUGGCUGAUGAUCCACUGGUUGCAUCAACAUUAAUGAUUUUCUCUUUAAAUGGUCCGGACAAAAGGAAUAAUGCUUCAGAAACGAUCCAAAAAUAUCUCAGGAAUCUUAUCGAAAAUCCAGAAGAAGGCAAAUAUCAUCGUAUAAGAAUUAACAACAAGAUUUUCCAGGAGCGGGUUUCUUGUGCUAACGGCGGAAAAGAAUUUUUGCUAGCAUGUGGUUUUGAAGAAAAAGAUUUCAUUAAUAAUGGACAGCAAGAAUCUUUCUUAGUUAUACCAGAUGAUAAAGCAAUGGAUACAGAGUCGUUGAUCCAAGCUUUAGAAAUUUUACAAACUGGCCAGGCUGUCCCUUUAAAGCUGUCUCGCAAUGCUGCCGUAUAUAAACUUGAAGCGAAUCAAACUAUUACAAAUCCACAUUUGCCACGCGACUUCUUUGAUUUAGACCUCGCUGAGAUUAAAAGAGAACAACAGCGUCGAGAAAUUGACGUUGAUAAGUUUACGACAUUACGAACACGGGAAAUGCGUGAAAAAAGCGAAUUGAUGCGCAACUAUCGCUACAACUACACUUUGAUCAGAAUUAGGUUCCCAAAUCGUUUUCUUUUACAGGGUACAUUUGGAUGUCAGGAGCCUUUCUCUGCUGUACUCAGUUUCGUUGAAGAGCAUCUGACACCUAUUGAACCAAUGUUAUUCGCUUUGAAAGAUCCGAUCUCUGGAAGAGUAAUCAGUGAUCAUACGAAAACCCUAAAUGAACUGAAUCUUCUUCCCGCUGCUGUUUUACAUUUUGAAUGGGAUUCGGAUGUACAAUGUGAAUUAGUAAAGCUUGGACGAGAGGUUCAAUAUCUGGAUCAUCGCUUUAUCAAAGCUGCAGAACCAUUUGCCGUGGCAUGA